UAUCUAUGUACAUUUUAAUAUUGCGUUAAUAUUAUGUUUCUGUUAUCUAACAGUUUAUAUCGAGUUCUAAACCUGUUAUUAUGUCAGCUGUACCCUGCCUAUAAAACCUUUUUGUUCCUAUACAAAAGUAACAAUUAUUAUGCAGCAUCACCCAACCAUCCCUUGACAAACAGCGGUAACACAACCACUGACACGACACCUCACACAGCUAGAGAAGGUAGUGAGGGAGCGGGAAAUGAACAAGUUAAGACUGAUGGAAGGCUGGGAGAACGAGAACUGUGCAGGGAAGCAGUGAGUAAGGAAUCAAAUCUAAAAUGCGUUUACACGGCCCAUCACUUACUGUACUGGGCCAUGUAUUUAACAAAUUCAUACUUUGAAAGUUUGGUCCCAUUUAUGAAGCGUUUGCCCUUGUACAAGGAAGCGAAGCUCGUUUUCUUCUUUUGGCUAGGAUCAGACCACUUUAAAGGAGCAGGAUACCUAUACCACACAUAUCUGCAAAAGUUAUUUUUAAAUGUAUCAGAUUAUUUAAUGAAUUUCUUCAAUACUCAUUUGGACAAUGCUACCAAGGAGAACUUUAAACAAUUCAUGAACACAUACAGAUAUCAAACUUAAAAACCUUCUAAAAUACAUUUAAAUGUAAAGCAAUUGAUAAUAAUAAGGACUCUAUAGAUAUAUAUCAAACGAUCCGAUAUAGGGUAUAAAUUGGUAUGAUUAAUUGAACCAUUGGUGAAGAAAGAGUAUGAGCGGAUUAUGAUAUUAAAGAGAGUUUAAUUUGGUUGUUUAUUAAAGUCAAUUGUAGUUUAUUCUCAUUUAGUAAAAUCAGGAGAUUCAGAAAGUACUGAGAAGUAAGUAACUUGGUUCCACCCUUUGGGAAUAUUUGAUCUAAAUCACACACGCCCUUAGUUUCAACCGUUUUCAUUAUAUCGUCCACAUAUUGAGUAACAUCUGGCUUUUUAAUAACUUUGCCAUUUAUGGAUUUGUUGCCUUGUUCAGUGGCACUAAUUCGAUUGUUCUUGCCAGGAAUACCAUUGUAGGAAGGUUGUUUGGUAUCAAGAUCUUUAGAGCUCUUCAAUUUAUUAUUAAGCUAAAGUAUAAUUUAAAGUAUAAAUCAAAUAUAAAUUACAUAUGAGUUGUAUUUUUUUAUGAGAAUCAAGUGUAAUUUGACAUUCCUACUCCCCUUUGCACAUUUUUUAAUUUUCCUAUCCUUUA